AUGGUACGUCUUUCCGAGGAAUGCGUCCAUAACAGCAUCUUUCCUUGUUACUUGUUUACUCUGGGACAUCAUCUUGAUUUACGGCUUGUUCGGAAUCAGUGGCUUUUGAUUGAUCCUGGGGCAGAGUGUCUCAUGUCAGAGGUGAAUGAAGACAAAACAACUGGAGACUUCAGAGAAAUGGGCUCGAGGCUGGCAGAAGAAGUGACAUCUUUUCUUAGAAGGAAAAUUGAUAAAAUGUCAAGAUCUGGGGGCAUAAAAAAUAUCAAGCUUAGUUUCGUUGGGCAUUCCAUUGGGAAUGUCAUUAUAAGAACUGCCUUAACAGAGACCAUGAUAGAGCCAUAUUUGAAAUACCUAUAUACAUACAUGUCAGUAUCCGGACCACACUUAGGGUAUCUAUACAGCUCAAACUCUUUAUUCAACUCUGGACUGUGGCUUCUAAAAAAGCUCAAAGGAACACAGUGUAUUCACCAACUUACUUUCAGUGACAACCCAGAACUACAGAAAACUUUCUUCUACAAUCUUUGCAAGCAAAAGACAUUGAACAACUUCAAGAACAUAAUCCUUUUAUCCUCACCUCAGGAUGGCUAUGUUCCAUAUCAUUCAGCCAGAAUUGAAUCGUGCCCUGCAUCAUCAUUGGACUACUCAAAGAAGGGCAAAAUCUUCAUGGAUAUGCUAAAUAAUUGUUUGGAUCAGAUCAACAGCCCAUCCUCUGAGACACGCAUUCUCAUGCGUUGUGAUGUUAGUUUUGGCAUCUCUUCCCAAGGAAUGAAUCUGGACACCUUCAUAGGACGUGCUGCACAUAUUGAAUUCUUGGAGUCUGAGAUCUUUUCAAGGUUUUUAAUGUGGACUUUCCCAGAGAUAUUUCGUUAGUGGUUGUCAAAGCCCGUUUUGGUAUUUCUCUCCAUCUGUUAAUCCAGACUCUGUUCCAGAUCUCUCUUACAUGUUUUUCUCAAAGUGAGCUUCAACCAGUGUAGAGGUUAGGGUCUGAAUACCUGUGUGUGUGUGUAUGCCAGAUGACCAUUGAAAUCAUCUCACCUUGGCUUCCAGCAGUCUGUUGAUGGAUACGGGGCAUUCGGGCAUUGUAAAAUAUGAUCGGAAGCUUGAUUUAUCAAAAAAAUAUGAUCGGAAGCUUCAUACAUUCAAAGGUAUUUUGUUUUAAUGAGAAUCAGAAAUGUAAUUAGUUGGUGAGUAAGGCAGAUUCAUUCACUGAUUGUAUUUAUAAAAAAAAAGGAAAAUUGCAGAUUAGUACCUUAGUACCUUAGUACUUUGGGCGUAAUCCCACUUUGGUCUCUGAAUUUCAAAAUGUGUCAAUCCAGAAUCUAAACUUUCAAAACAUGUCAACUUAUUACCUACCAUUAACCAUCCGUCAGUUAAUGAUAUCAUGUCAAAUU